CUUCAGGCCACAUGUUGGAAUCACACGUGUGUCAUGAUGAAGUGAUUACUGUGAAGUUGAAGGCAGCAGUUGUUUGUUUCUGUUUGGUUUGCGUCAGGACGCAGCUCAUUCUCAUUUCAAGUUGUGUUUGAAUUUAUGAGAAAGUUUAAGUUGCAUGAUACAGUUUAUUGAGUCUAAUCUAAACGGAAUUAAUCUUCCCAAAACUGAGUGGAAAAAGUCGUGUGUCCCUCCUCCUCCGCUUGAGGAACUUACGCGCAGAGCGGAUGCCGGGAGCGCACAGUUUGCGGUGAGCUGCCUGUCUCUCUGUCAGUGAGCCUGCGCGGCUCGAUGUGCGACAGCGGGAGGAGGAAGGCAGACAGACAGUUAUCGUGGCUGAAGCUCGGCCUGAAUGGCACCGAGCUCCCGCUGAGCGCGAGCGGCAGAGCACCCAAGUGGCGAGUCGGGGGGUGGGUGGGAGGGCUGUGCGUGAAACUCAAAGAAGUCGGGAUGGACGGCAAAGGCACCCUGAAGAUGUUCACCAGGAAGAAACGGGAACUGAUCAAGACGCCAUCCAUCUCGAAGAAGAGCCGAGCAGGAAGCCCCGGGCCGCAGAGCAGCGCCCAAUCUCUGUCCAUCCUGCAGGAGCAGCCUCGGAAAGAUGCAGGCGACGUCACCCUCUCCUCUUCACCCUGCUCUUCUUCCUCCUCUUCAACUCUCACCCCGACCUCUGCCGGGCUCCAGGACCCCUCCCUGUCCUGCCCGGGCACCCCCAGCACCCAUCACAAUAAGCUGGCGGCGAUGCAAGGGGUGGGCUGCCCGUCUCCUGUGGCUACCCUGAAGAGACCAACUGCGCUGAGCAGACACGCCAGCGCUGCAGGAUUCCCGCUCCAGUCGUGGGUGUUCACCAAAGGCCAGGGGAAAGGGGCUUUGACCCCUACACCUCCGUCUGAAGGUCCAGAGAGCACAGCCAUUGAGGUCGAGGACAUCCCGGCCCUGCUGAGGGACGUGGCGCGUUUUGCCGAGGCUGUGGAGAAACUGAAGGAUGUCGUGCUGGCUGAGGGUAAGGAGAGCCAGCGGCCCGUGGCUCACGAGUGUUUGGGAGAGGUCCUGCGGGUGCUGCGUCAGGUCAUCAACACCUAUCCUCUGCUCAACACCGUGGAGAUCCUCACUGCUGCCGGCAAGCUCAUAUCCAAGGUCAAAGGUUUCCACUAUGAGACUUCUAAUGAGGCCAAUAAAAUGGACUUUGAGAAGGCAAUUGAAACCAUCGCAGUUGCUUUUAGCAGCAAUGUGUCGGAACUGCUGAUGGGAGAGGUGGACAGCAGCACGUUGCUCUCCCUGCUGCCCACUGAGAAGAGCAGGUCGAUGGAGAACUUGUAUGCUGCGACAGGCCAUGGAGCAGACGGGGGAGCGUUCAGGAGCGACCUGCAGGACAUGGGCAGAGCUGAGGAAGUGGAUGUGAUCCUCCAGCACAGUGAGGGAGGGGUGGACUCCGCUCUGCACUAUGCCAAGACCAUUUCCAAAUACAUAAAGGACCUGAUGAGCUACGUGGAGAAGAGGACUUCACUGGAGACCGAGUUCUCCAAAGGCCUCCAGAGAUUAUACCAGUCCUGCAAACACAGCAUAACACAUCCCCACAUGCCCCUCUUCUCCAUCUACUCUCUGGCUCUGGAGCAGGACCAGGAGCAGAGUGUGGGGCUGCAGCAGGCCAACGCCACCCUGCACAACCAGACCUUCAUCCAGCCUCUGUUGCAGCGCAAACAGGAGCACGAAAAGAGACGGAAGGAGAUCAAGGAACACUGGAUUCGAGCUAAGAGAAAACUGAUGGAGUGUGAGGUGAACCUGCGGAAGGCCAAGCAAGCCUUCAUGGUCCGCUGCGAGGAGUACGAAAAGGCCAAAACAGCAGCCUGCCGAGCUGAGGAAGAAGGAGGAGGCUCUACAGCAAAGUCUGUGGAGAAGAAGAAACGAUUAGAGGAAGAGGCUCGCAACAAGGCAGACGAGGCGGAGGCCACCUACCGGACAUGUAUAGCAGACGCCACCACUCAACAGCUGGAGCUGGAGCACACAAAGGUCACAGUGCUGAGACAACUGCAGGACAUCAUCAAACAGAGCGACCAGACCCUCCGCUCGGCGACCAUCUCGUACUACCAGCUCAUGCACAUGCAGACGGUAGCGUUGCCGGUCCACUACCAGACUCUGUGUGAGAGCAGUAAGCUGUAUGACCCAGGCCAGCAGUACGCCGCCCACGUGCGAGACCUGCAGCUGCCAGAGCAGGCGAAUGUUCAGUACACAUUUGAGAGCUACUCUCCCUCCAGCUCAUCGUCACACCACGGCCAUAGACCAAGGAAUGACAGUUUCAACACAGAGCAGACGAGCAACACAGACAGUCCUGCCUCCAGUGUGGACACAGCAGCUGGAGACAACAGAAACCACCGAGACACAGAGGCUCAUCGCAAGAGGCAGGGCCACAAGUCAUGGGGUUCAACAGUGAGCGAUGACAGUGUUGGAGGAGAGGGAGGCCUAGAGUCUCCUACUGCCAGCACAAGUGACAUAAGUAAAAUUGCUCGGACGUCAUCAACUGGAACAAUGUCGUCCAAUGAGGAUGCAGAUGAGAAAGAUGGGAAUGUGACCUCAUUUGAAACUCAAAAUAUUGACGGCAUGGAUCCUGAUGUGGUGGUGUCCGCAAGACCUUUCCGUAACGUUGGCCUGUCUAAAGCAGCCCAGACCCACAGACUGAGGAAGCUACGGACUCCUUCGAAGUGCCGCGAGUGCGACAGCUACGUUUACUUCCAGGGGGCCGAGUGUGAGGAGUGUUUCCUGGCGUGUCACAAGCGCUGUCUGGAGACUCUAGCCAUCCAGUGUGGCCAUAAGAAGCUGCAGGGCCGUCUGCAGCUGUUUGGCAGGGAUUUCUCUCAGGUAGCCAGCUGUGCCAGUGACGGCAUCCCCUUCAUCAUCACCAAGUGCAUCUCCGAGAUAGAGAGACGGGCGCUCAAGAUGAAGGGCAUCUACAGGGUGAACGGGGUGAAGACUCGUGUGGAGAAGCUGUGUCAGGCCUUUGAGAAUGGCAAGGAGCUGGUAGAGCUGUCCCAGUGUUCACCACAUGACAUUAGCAAUGUCCUCAAGCUUUACCUCAGACAGCUGCCAGAGCCCAUCAUGCCGUUCCGCCUGUACAACAGUCUGAUGGGUUUGGCCAAGGAGAGCCUACAGGGUGAAGCAGACUCACCAGAGAGAGAGGAGGCCAAGUCGAGCAGUAUUAACCCAGGGGGCAAAGGGCCGGAACUGGUGGAUCUGGGCCCUGACACUGACCCAGAGGUCCUGGUCCUGGUGGACAAGCUGAAGGAGCUUCUGAAGGACCUGCCCAAGGCUAACAUCGCUACGAUGCGCUACAUUAUUCGCCACCUCCGGAGGAUUGCAGAACUAGAGGAAGAUAACAAGAUGAGUCCCAGUAACUUGGGUAUUGUGUUUGGUCCCUCCCUGAUGCGUCCCCGUCCGACCGGGGCCACAAUAUCCCUGUCUUCUCUGGUUGAUUACCCCCACCAGGCCCGCAUCGUGGAGGCCCUCAUAGUCUUCUAUUCAUCCAUCUUCCAGUCCAAAACCUCUCAGUCCAACAAAACCUGCCGCUCUGCUUCCACCUCCACUCAGCAGGGUGGUAUUGCAGAUGACAAGGUGGAGACCUCCGCUGAUGCAGAGGAGGAUGGAGGCAGAGAGGAGCAGAAUAAACCAGAGUCUGAUAAGACGGAGGAGGGAUGUGGAAGUUCUUUGGGGUCACUAGGCUCCAGUGAGCAGCUCCCCGACUCCGACUCAGAGCUGGAUGAGAGCGGCCAGAGGACUGCACAGUCCCGCAGACUGCCGAAGCAGGAGAGCGAGGUGGACAUGGACGACGACCAGCUGAGCUACAGGGACAGUCUGGACCUGUCCAGCCAGCCUGCAUCCCACAUGGACCCGGAACAAGACGCGGAACAGGACCACGACAACCCAGAGAGAGUAGAACCCCCUGCGCUGCCAGACAGCGGGCCCCCAGAUGAAGACACAGGGGUAGAGCAGGAUCUGAGCGCCUCUCUGGCCGAGCUCAACGUAAACCAGUCCAACAACAACUACCCCACCAUGUUAAGUCUAUCAGGGCUUCCGCUGGCACGUCUGUGUGGAAAGAAAUUACCUCUGACCAGAAACAGGGACAGUGAGCCUGAGUUUGUGUGAUGAUGAUGAUGAUGAUAUCAUCAUCAUUAUUAUUAUUAUUAUUAUCAAUAUCAUUGUGUGUAAAGUCUAUUAGUUGAGCGACAGGGCUCUGGUUUUUAUACAUUAAAAUCCAGCAAAACCUGAAACUGAGAGUGCUAUUGUGUUGUGUACAUCAAAUUUUAAGUUUUUAAUCUGUGUAGGUGUUUGCAGCUGUGUUAUCUCUCCUGGCAGUAAAACCUCUGCCCGCUUACUGCUGUUUAAUGCAAUUACUCCUGUCAUUUCAAGAGGUUUUUGACUCAAAUGAUUAAAAAUGUAUUCUUUUGCCAGUUUGUAUUUUGCUCUUACAAGCUUGAGGAAAAGUGGGUAGCGAGUCGCAUCACAUUGCACACAAUGUGCAAAACUUCCAAGCAAUUUCCCUUUAAAGUGCUGCUGGUUUUAUUUCAGCACUAAAAUGUCAAAAAUAAAUUUAGCAGUUAUAAAUAUUGCCUGUAUUUCCUUGUUAUGGAUGUUUGGUCUAUUUUUAAUAAACAUUUUUAUUUUAAAA